AUUAAAAAAAAAGAGUAAAAUAAUAAAAUAUCACAUUGUUAGCACGUCCUCUUAAAAACAAAUGCUUAACCCCAAUUUGUCAAAGUGACGCCCAAUAUUUUUAAAGGACCACCCUUUCCACACCACCUUCCUCCAUUUUCUAAUUUCUUUCAUCAAUAUCAUCCAAAUCUGUCUCUCUCUCUCUCUCUCGCUCUCUUUUCUCUGUUUCUCAGCAAAUUAAGCAGUCACUUUGUGUGUCCUACAAUCUUCCUUCUGGGUAUAUAGCGGUGUGUUCAUAUAUAUAUAUAUAUAUAUAUAGUAGGCCGGCCGACUUCGUUGUGGGUUUUGUCCGAUCAAGUCCUGAAUUGAAUUGAAUUCAAUAAUCUCCAACCAUUAAAUACCAUAAAUAUGGAAGCAGCUAGAUUGAGCAACAGCAAGCCAACCCCAUUUAUGAGCGACCUCGACCAUGAAGACAACGACAAUUCUACAUCUUCUACUACUACCGACUCUCCUCCUCCUUCUAAUUAUUCCACCUUCUUCAACAACGACUCUAAGAAUAUCCUUUCCGCCUCCUCUCCAAAGAAAAGCAGGAGAGCCGUACAGAAAAGAGUGGUAUCCGUACCGAUAAAGGAAGUUGAAGGGUCGCGGCUUAAAGGGGAAAGCAGCACUGGUAAUACGCCGCCGUCUGAUUCAUGGGCCUGGAGGAAGUACGGUCAGAAGCCCAUCAAAGGCUCUCCCUAUCCCAGAGGGUAUUACAGGUGCAGUAGCUCCAAGGGCUGCCCUGCAAGAAAACAAGUAGAAAGGAGCCGUGUGGACCCCACCAUGCUUGUUGUCACCUACUCCUCCGAACACAACCAUCCAUGGCCGCCUCCUUCUAGAAACCAUCACCACCACCACCACUCAGCCGCCACCACCGCCAAGCAACCUUCCAAACCUCAAACUCCUCCUACUGCCACCGAUCACCAUCAUACUGACCCGGAACCCGAGCCCGAGGAAAGGUUCGCGGACCUCGGCGAAGAACCGGUGAUGGCGACGGAUGAAUUUCGCUGGUUCGAUGAAAUGGAGACGACUUCGUCCACGGUUCUUGAAAGCCCGAUAUUCGCGGAGAGCGGCGGCGCCUGCUCCGACGCAGGUGGUGACGUUGGCGGGAUGGUGUUCCCGAUGCGGGAAGAGGACGAAUCACUAUUUGCCGAUCUGGGAGAGUUGCCAGAGUGCUCCGUGGUGUUCGGCCACCGUGGCGUGGGACCACAAGUGGAGAUCUGCUAACACGUGUCGCCGCCGCCCCUCUUGCAUAUAUAUUAUUAUUAAAAAUACGAGGGGCUUUCUUCCUCAUUUUAAUUACGAUUAUUCAACAACUGGGAGGGAAGGGAGAGAGAAUCUUGCGCUAUAAGAUAACACCAUCAUCAACAUUUUUACAUUAUUAUUAUUAUUAUUUUUUUCAGAUUUUUUAUUUUUACAAUAUUUUUAUUUUAUUUUAUUUUAAUUUUUAUAUAUUUCCCCUUGAUUUUAGCGUUUAGUGAAAUAAAUAAAAAGUCUUAAUCUGGAUCUGUCUUGAUCUGGUUGUAAUUGGCA